AUGGGGAACUCGACCAUAACAAAUAUCACCAUAGUUACAUCGUUGAACAGAACAUACAAAUUUACCAGCUUACCAUCGGCAUUACCUUCGUUCUCCAUGAAAACUCAAAGUGACAAUAACGGAGAAAGAUUAAAAUUCUUCUUCAUUUUUAUCGUUUUAAGGGGAAUAUUUGAACUGUCAAAGAGAUUCACUGUCACAUUGAUUACAGUUGCCGCUAUGACCCAUUUAAAGCAGGAUAAAUCAAAAUUCGGUUAUUAUGCAUGUUGGGGAGAAAUUGGCGGUGGUAUUGCAUUGUUUGUUGUUGGAAUGUCGUUAUACCACUUCCAACAUAAUGUAUGUGGUGAUCAGGCUCCAGAUUAUGUUGUUAUUUUCUUUUUUGCUGUUGGUUUUCAGGUUCUGACGCUCGGCAUAUCGCCAUUUAUGAAAUUUCAGUACCUUGAGCAUAGAGUGAUAGACUACAAAGAAGUUAAGAAAGUUUUAACCAACCCUCAUUAUAUUUUAAUUUUGGUUAUUUGCUGUCAUUCCGGCUUGUGCUCAGCGUUCCAAACUCGAUGGGAAUUCUGGUAUAUAGAAAAACUUGGUGGGAGUUCAGUUGUAAUGGCUGUUGGAGGUUUAUUGAGACGGCCAAUCGUAGCCGUUUGGUUCUUACUGUCCCGUCUUAUAAUUAGACGAUUUGGGGAGCUGAUAGUCAUUGCUUUUUCAUUGUUCAUUUUUGCUGGCAGUUUUUUUGCACUAGCCUUCAUCGAAAAUGCUUGGCUUGUUAUCGUGGUUGAUAAUUUUCAAGCUGCAUCCUUUGUCUUAUCAUUCGCAUCGUUUGUUGUCCAUUUCUCGAAAGCUGGUUCAGAAGCAUCCACUGCUUUUUUUCAAGGUACGUUUAUUAAUACUUCGUUAAUUAAAAAGCUUUGUGAAUGA